GAGAUUUUCCCCAAGAGACGACUCCGAGUCCUAAUCAGUGUGUGGACGUCGUCUCUCACUCAGGAUACACCUGCUGACCCCCGAUCUGUCAUUUCAGCUCCAUGUAAAUGAUGUGGUUUCUCUCUUUCACUUCUCUCUGAGCGGAAGAAUGACGAACUCUGUACGUUAAUGCGUUCAAAAUAAAUCCCUCUAAAAUGUAUUUGAGUGAAACUGAGUGAAGCUGUAGGAUUCCACAGAUGAUAGAAAUACUGAAAUAGAUACAGCAUGAUAACUUUGACUGUAAAUAACUCGGUGUAAAGAUGUAAAGAUGUAAAGACGUGGACUCUGUAGCACAUGACAGUAAUGUAGUGGGUCAGCUGUGGUGUGUGUUGUUGAGCGUCUCCUCCCUCUGCCCCUCCUCCUGUCUCUCUUAUAGCACGUCCCUGCAGUCUCUCCUUUAUCUGCUCCUCACGCUGCUCGUCUCUUCACUCGGCACGAGAGUCCCAUCACACACGGACACCAUGCUGCCAGCGCUCUGCUCUCUCCUCACUGCUCUCUCAUGUGUCAGUGGUGUGACUGUGUUGACUCAGAAGCCUCCUGUUCUCACGCUGACUCGAGGACAGACGGCCACCAUGGACUGUAAUCUGGGGACUGUCACUGGUAGUGCUGCACGCUGGUACAAACAGGUUCCUGGAGGAGUUCCUCAGCAUGUGUUAAGAAAUUAUCAUGGCUGGAGCGCUCCUUCCUAUGGAUCUGGUUUCUCGUCUCCUAAAUUCACAUCAACAUCCUCCUCUGAAUCAGAUUACAAACUGAUUAUCAGUAAUGUGGAGGUGGGAGACUCGGCAGUGUAUUACUGUCAGACAUGGGACGACUCUGCUAAAGAGUGGGUAUUCGGCCAAGGAACAAAGCUGAUCGUCAGCGACGCUGCUCUCCCGGAUCCUGUUCUGACCGUUCUCCCUCCGUCCAGUGAAGAGCUGAAGUCUAACAAAGCCACUCUAGUGUGUUUGGCCAGCGACCUGGCCAGUGGUUUUGCUGAUGUGCGUUGGCUCGUGAACGAGAACUCGGUCACCAGUGGAGUCAUCACCGGCUCUGCACAGCAGCAAGCCAAUAAGAAAUUCACACUGAGCAGCUAUUUGACCAUCGACAGCUGCGAUUGGGAAAACGAUAAAGUCAUCACAUGUGAAGUGUCUGCUGGAGGAAAAGCCGCGUUGGUGAAGAUCAAGAAGUCCGAAUGCAGCGAAUGAACCCGAUUACAGCUUUAUAUAUAUAUGAAUUUUUCAGCAAAGGCUUAUAGAUGUUAAAGAUGAAUCUGUAGAGAAAGAAAGAAUAUCAACUCCUGCAUGUAACUAAAAUAGAAUUUGAAUAAAAUUGCAAUUCUGAAAAAGA